UCUUUCCUGCCCGGAAAGGGGGACCCUUGCUUCCCCAAGGCGAUUUGCGCGCGCGCGUGCCCCCCACUGGGGCUCCUUGCCCCCUCCUAAAAGAGUAAGGCGUGCAAAACGGGACAUUACCCCCCCCCCCCAUCACAGCACACUUCCCGGCAGUCCAAGAGAGACCAGCCAAAAAGUCUGCCUGCCUUCAGUCCCAGCGAGGCCGUAGAAAAGUGGGGGGCAGUUGCAAAUUGGGGUUAGCGGGGGAAGCCCAUGUAAGCCCAUAGGAGCAGGAGGCCUUCCUUAGAUCCUCGCAGGUGGGGGCCCGCUUUGAAAGGUGAGGGGUUGACUCCAGAGAGGUGUAGUGUAGCUUUCCUAUCAUCCCAUGGGGUAGAGAAGGUGGGAAGAGACCAGCGGCCCCCUUUGCCUCUUCUCUUCUUUCUUUGGAUGAGAAUUGUUACACCUUUCACCUGCUUCUCGGCUUGGAGUACCUUAGAGAAGAAUUCCGGAGCUGUGAAGAUUGGACCUGAGGUUCGUGAAUAACCUGAAGCAAAUGCACCCGUGGCUGGCUGGCUGCUGACGGUUAUCAUCUUGACCAAGCCCCCCCUGAAACUGAGGUGUGUGUUUCUUCAGAACUGAGGCAGCAGCAAGAUUUUCAGCGGAUUGAAUCAUGAAUCUGAAGGCCUUUCCCCUUCUUCCUUGGAGGAUUUUGGUCAGAAAGAGCGCUCCGUGGGUUUUCCUGAGUGUGCUCUGAUAUGGAUCCUUUGGAUGAUUGUGAAGAACUGUGUUGCUGAUCUUUUAAACUGAACCUCUGUGUACCUCUUGUUGGAGUAAAGCUGGAUCCCGAACUUGGGUGUGUGUGUACGGGAAAUUGACAAUAACAUACUCUAAUUAGUAUGAUGCAGAUUGGCUAAAAGGUCAACUCCUUGCCAAGGGCUCCAAUGAGUAGCACACAGUCCACAAUCACGGACAGGUUUCCCCUUAAAAAACCUACAAGGCAUGGCAGCAUUCUGAACAGAGAGUCUCCAGCAGACAAGAAGCAGAAAGUUGAGCGCUGCUUUAGUGCCCACGACUUUGACCCUACAGAUAGCUCCUCCAGGAAGACAAAGUGUAGCUCAGAGGAGAGUAGAUCCGAAACAUAUGGUCUUGUUCAGCGGUGUGUUAUUAUCCAGAGGGAUGAAAAUGGAUUUGGGUUGACAGUCAGUGGCGACAACCCGGUGUUUGUGCAGUCUGUCAAGGAAGAUGGAGCAGCCAUGCGGGCUGGGGUUCAAACUGGUGACCGAAUCAUCAAGGUGAAUGGGACUCUGGUUACACAUUCAAACCAUUUGGAGGUUGUGAAGCUGAUAAAGUCGGGUUCCUAUGUAGCGCUCACUGUGCAAGGGCGCCCACCAGGGUCGCCCCAGAUCCCACUGGCUGAUUCGGAGGUGGAUUCAGCAGCAUUUGGGCAUAUGUCCCCCAUCAUGACAUCUCCGCAUUCACCUGGAGCAUCUGGAAACACAGAGAGAAUUACCAGCCCUGUGCUGAUGGGGGAGGAAAAUAAUAUUGUGCACAGCCAGAAAGUGGAGAUUUUGAGGAAGAUGCUGCAGAAAGAGCAACAGCAGCUACAGUCUUUGCAAGAAGACUACAGCCGUUCUCCUUCUCCCCGACUGCUCAAAGAGAUCCAGGAUGCCAAGAAGCACAUCCCUCAGCUCCAGGAGCAGUUGUCCAAGGCAACAGGCUCCGUUCAGGAUGGAGUUUUGUCUUCCAAAGCAGUGAUGGAAUCUUUGCAGAUCAGUGAGGUCGAAGCUGAGAGGGGGGAAGUGUUAAACAAAGGAGACUGCAGCUUUGGCGACAGCUUGCAGACAAACAGUGACAUGGCUGAGAGUCCUCGUAGUGGCGUGAAGGAGCGGAUCUAUCUGGAUGAGAGCCCAGAGAAGAGUGAGAAUCAAGACACAGACUCUCAGUCCAGUAUUGGAAGCCCUUCCUCUCGGACGGCACCUCCGAUCAUAGGAGCAGAAGAUGAUGACUUUGAUGGUGAACAGGAGCAGAUCAACGGGCAGUGCAGUUGUUUCCAGAACAUAGAGCUUCUGAAAUCUCGUCCGGCUCACCUGGCUGUCUUUCUGCAUCACGUUGUGUCUCAGUUUGACCCAGCUUCAUUGCUUUGCUAUCUUUUUGCGGACCUAUACAAACAAACAAAUUCCAAAGAGACUCGUCGUGUCUUCACUGAGUUCAAUCAGUUCUUCUUGGAUCGCACUGCAAAUUUGAAAGUUCCAAUUCCAGAUGAUAUUUCUGUAGAUAUAGAAAAGAGAAGGCUGGACUUAAUUCCUGAAGAGCUGCAACGCCAUUAUAUUCAAGCUAUGCAAGAUAAAGUAUUUCCAGAAGUGCAGCGGCACCUUGAGGAUUUUAGACAGAAACGCAGCAUGGGGCUGACCCUGGCGGAAGGAGAGUUGGCCAGGCUGGAUGCAGAGCGUGUCCGUGACCGUAUCGUGCUGGAGAAGGAGAGAUCAUGCACAGAGCAGAUCAUUACCAAAAUUGAAGAAGUGCUGAUGACAUCUCAGCCCAUUGAAGAGGAAAAGAGUUCAACCAUACAAUAUGUUGUUCUCACCUACAUGAAACACCUUGGUGUGAGAGUCAAAGAGCCCCGGAGUCUAGAUCAGAAGCGUGGACGGAUUGGAUUCCUGCCAAAGAUAAAGCAAAGUAUAAAGAAAGAGAAGGAAGGAGAUGAAAAGAAGAGGAGAGUUUUCCCCAGUAUCCUGGGACCCCCAAGGAGGCCAAGCCGCCAUGACAGCUAUGCAAGCAAAGCCAUGGAAUUACAAAAGCAGCGCCAUCCGAAGCACUUAUCCACUUCUUCCUCUGUCAGUCCGGAGCCACCAGAUUCUGUCAAGAUGCGCCAGAGUGGUUCCAGUGAUGGCACGGAUGGCGCCUUCCCACCUGCUAACCUCAUGUCCCCACUAGCUGCUGGAAGCUUGCCUUCCCAAGAAGGGAGCAAGGACAGUGAACCAGGGUCGAAGCAAGUUGGAGAAACUCUGCCUUCUAGUGACUCUGUGGAGGGGACAGCCCGCACAUCGAACACCGUUUUUGAUUUCCCCUCCCCUCCGCUGGACCACCUGCAGGAAGAGGAAGGCGAGUUGGACAGGUUAGCGGAAUUAGGAACACCGAAAUCUUUCCGCAAGAUCGACAGCGUGGGUGCCGGGGAUAACCAGAGUGAAGAUGAGCUCUUUGAUUUUGACAUGGAGUCGGACCCACCCAACUGGCAGCAGCUUGUGAGCCGCGAGGUGCUGCUUGGCCUGAAGCCCUCUGAGAUUAAACGCCAGGAAGUGAUAAAUGAGCUGUUUUAUACCGAGCGUGCUCAUGUCCGCACGCUGAAGGUUCUGGAUCAGGUCUUCUAUCAGCGCGUGUCCCGUGAAGCAAUACUGCCUCACUCCGACUUGCGGAAAAUAUUUUCAAACCUGGAGGAUAUCCUUCAGCUUCACUCUGGAAUGAAUGAGCAGAUGAAAACAGUGAGGAAGAGGAACGAGACUUCUGUUAUCGAUCAGAUUGGAGAGGACUUGUUAACCUGGUUCAGCGGAGCAGGGGAGGAGAAACUGAAACAAGCCACUGCCACUUUCUGCAGCAACCAGCCCUUUGCUCUGGAGGUGAUCAAGUCCCGGCAAAAGAAAGACUCUCGCUUCCAGACAUUUGUCCAGGAUGCUGAGAGCAAUCCGCUCUGUCGUCGACUGCAGCUGAAAGAUAUAAUUCCCACUGAGAUGCAGAGGCUGACCAAAUAUCCCCUUCUUCUGGAUAAUAUUGCAAAGUACUCCGAACACUCUGAAGAGAGGGAGAAAGUGAAGAAAGCAGCAGAUCAUUGUCGGCAGAUCCUCAACUUUGUGAAUCAAGCAGUCAAAGAAGCAGAGAACAAACAGCAUUUGGAAGACUACCAGCGUCGGCUUGAUUUGUCCUAUUUGAAGCAGUUGGAGGGUCCCAUGCUAGAUGAGUUCAGGAAUUUGGAUUUAACCAAGAAGAAAAUGAUUCAUGAAGGGCCUCUGACCUGGAAGGUGAAUCGUGACAAGACAAUUGAUCUCUACACGCUGCUUUUGGAGGAUAUUCUGGUACUGUUGCAGAAGCAGGAUGAUAGGUUGGUGCUGAGAUGCCACAGCAAGAUCUUGGCCAAUGCGGCAGAUAGCAAGCAUACAUUCAGCCCUGUCAUCAAACUGAACACUGUGUUGGUUCGUCAAGUGGCCACAGAUAACAAAGCGUUCUUCGUCAUUUCCAUGUCAGAAAACGGAGCCCAGAUUUAUGAACUGGUGGCGCAGACAGUUUCUGAAAAGACUGUGUGGCAAGACCUCAUCGCCCGCAUGGCAGGAACGGUGAAAGUCGGAAGAGGCAGGCGCGUAAUUCCACUACCACAGUCAGGACCAUGCGAGGAAGACCAUGAGGAGGAAGAGCAGCAGAAACUGAAGGAAGAACAAGCUACUCCUGAAAGCAGCAUGCAGAGCCCAGACAAAGAACUGGGACUGGAGUCUCCUCUGAUACGGAAGGCUCAGUCCCCUUCCGCUGCCAUGUCUGAAAGGUCGGAAGAGGAGGAGCUCCUGGAAGCUGACAGAUCGUUUGGAGAAAAACCACCAACCGAUUUGCUGGUCAAAGAAUCCCCCGAGCGCUAUUGCCAUACAAGCCCAGACCUCUCGUUACAAAUCUCAGAAGAGCGAUGGGCAUUGGAUGCACUAAGGAACCUGGGCUUGCUGAAGAAGUUGCUGAUGCAGCAACUGGGCAUGUCUGAACAGAAACCCUGCGAAGACUGGCAGCAUUUUUCCAGACACAGGACAGUUUCCCAGGGGGCCCAAGAGGGCAGAGGGCUGUGGCGCGCAGACAAUGACAAGGCGUCCCUCUCUGGGGCCAGUAGGACACUGCCUGCCAAGGGCGCCGGUAGUUUUGGCCCUUAUUGUGGUCACCGGACUCCAGGCGAAUUUGUGCCACUGGAGGAUGCUACGUCGAGCAGCAGUCACUUAAUGGACUCCUUGCGUGAAAACCCAGACACCCCCACCCCUGAGUUGGAGGGGGCGGGCCCGGAUGAAGGGGGAGAGCACUUCUUCGAUGCUCGCGAGGUCCACAGUGAUGAGAACCAUUCGGAAGGCGAAGUGGCAGAGAGGAAAGAGGUCGAAGAGGUGCAGUUGCGGAUCUCAGGAAAUUAUUUGAUCCUUGACGGAUAUGGCUCAGUACAGGAAAGCUCUACCGAUGAGGAGGUAACUUCGUUGGUUCUACAAUGCACUGCAGGCGGCAGCAGAAUGAACUCUGCCCACGAACAGCCAGCCUCUCUGCAGGAUGCCCAGACAGACAGAGCAAGCCUGCCAUUUGCAGAGGAAUUAAUGGUCUCCCACUGGGAAGCAAAGGAAUCCUGCUCGGAUGUACUGAGGCCUCCCUUCUCUGCGGAGUCGAGUGCCCUGGUGAUGCAUUACAUCCAAAAGAUAGAGGCCAACCUUGAACACCUGAAGGAGGUGGAGGAGAACUACACGACUCUUCUUCAGCAAAGGCUGGCUGGAUCAGUCCCCGCAGAUGAGCAAUCAGAUAAAAGUUAGUCGCAUUUCCUGUAAGUGGCUGAAGACUGGAUGGACACACCAGUCGCCGAGCAGCAGCUGCUGGCUUCUGUCUGGACUUUUGCUGCACAAGGGCCUCCUUCCACGGACCAGCAGAGCAGACGGUGGGCAGUUUCCUUGUCGGCCUCUGCACUAGUCUGUCAGGGAGAGGUGGCGAUUUUGUUUGCCUCCUCUUUGUACCAGAAAUUCUUUUUGAUUCCAAACCGAGGAAAAAGAGGAACAUAAAGAAGAAACCAAAUGUAUAAAGCCUUGGGUGUAGGAUAUAAAAAUGUAUUUAGACAUAAAAAAAUCAAUGUAUUUAUUUGACUUCAUUCCGUGUACUGAAAGCACACUUUAAUUUGUAUUUUAUUUUGCUUAAAAAAAGAAAAGAUAGUGCCAGUUCGUGGGCCCCAGCCUUUCUCUGAUCCCGAACCCUUGUUCAGGGCUAAAGUGCGAGCCAGCUCACGCAUGGCUUUCAUUUUCAGUGGGUCGGAUUCUGCAGGCAACUACUUCACCUCCGGAAGGGGCUACCCAUGAAACAGAAUGCCAUCCCACUGCAUGUGGACAGGUCUCCCCUCUCAUGCAGCAGCCAAGAGGUGUCUUGGUUUGCAAACUAGGGAUCUCUUUCACUGACACGUGGGCAUUAGACAGAAAGAGGAAAAGGGCAGGGGUGUUUCGGCUCUCCUUUGAGCUUUAUCCUUUGGGCUCCCCUCUAAAAGAAGCAACUUCUCGUGUGUGUCUCUUUGGGGAAGUGGGAGGAGAAACCAUUUUCCAGAUCCAGGCAGUCAGGUGAGGAAUAUUUCAGAUCCACAGAGUGUCUGCUAAGUACCUGGGAUAGUUAGCCAUGGCAACUUGCACAUAAAUAGCCAGACACCUUCAGCAGCUAAAGGUGUACCUUGCUGGCCAGUGUGUGGGUACGUGAGGAAGAGGAGGAGGAGUAAGCUUUGGUUUGGGGGCAAGAUUUUGCAUUGCUUGUGCCAAAGGGCUCUGAAACCACAUGGCCAGCUCAGAGACCUCCAAGGGAGGGAACAAGGAAUAGCUGGGAGCAGGUUCUGCAGUAUUUCCCUAAAUAAAUUCUGACACCCCCUGUUUCGAAACUGGCUCCUGUCCUGAGAGUGGAAAUGGGAGCCUAACAGCAGAGAGGCAAAUACACUGGAUGCUCCAGGCUGGCAGCCAGACCUGCUUUGAGGGCAUGUGGAACCUCCAUGAGACCGACCGUUCCUCCUUUGCUCAUUGCAAGGGGAAGUUGGACACUCCUGAUACCUUUUUCUGCACUAAGCACCCAAACCUUGGGCUGCCUGUCUUGCUUUCGGUUUUGACCAGCCAUAUCUAAAAGUGCCAAACCCUAGAAAUCCCCAUAAUGUGUGUGUUUUUAAUUAUUGUUUUGUUGUAUGUGCUGCACAGAGCAGAGAACCUUUCUCUUGUUUUCCUCCUUCCAGUGUGAAGGUCACGGCACCAGCUCCAUCAACACAGAAACAUUUUCCCCAUAGCUGUAAUGGCCAAGAAUAAGAUGGUUCUUUUUCAGUCAUGCGAAACAGAAAGUUCUCUUGCCCUCACAAAAAAUAAAACAGUACUGGAAUGGAUAGGCUAAACUAGGAUUACUUUUUAUCCUUACAUCCCAACAUUUCAAAUCCAUGAACGAAUGCAUGUUGCAAUUGAAAGAAAGGGAUUUUCCAAAAGCCAGAUGUGUAGGCUUCCACUUUUUUUCAGCAGCAGGAAGUUCCUGAAAGCCAAAGGAUCUCCUUCGAUAUUUGCCCACACAAAAUUCCCAUGACCAGUGUGAAAUUCAGCAUAGCAAGUCCUGCCAGUUUGCAUUAAUACACCAAUUUGAGUGAAGAACUUCAAAAUGCAAGUUGCUUUCCACAUGAAACUUAUCUUGCAAUCUCUUGGCACUGGAACAGACUAUACCCUUGAGGUAGUAAGAUAAUCCUUGGGCUUUAGCAUCCUUGCUUUUGGUGUCAUUUUUCUGACAUCAGCUUGUGAUGUCAUGCUGCUGGAUGUUUACCUUUGCCACAGCCCUAGGUAUGCCUGUCCAGAGCUAUCAGAAACUGUCUCCACAUCUUAUCUUUCUCCCUAGCAUAAAUAACUUUUGCGCGGCUGAGAGUCUGUGUUUCCUUUACUGUUCGCCAGCUGCUUUGCUACUUUUGGGCGUAAGAGUCCCAAGAUCCUCCUGUGAGCUAGUACCUCCAGCAUAAAUAUCUCUACAGCAUAGCGAGGGCACAGAGGGAGGACUGGCUUCAGCUCCUUCAGCUGUGCCUGGGGUCAGAUUACUAACAGCCUUUGUGAGGAUCAUCCUGGAAAUGAAGAGCAGCAAAAUGUCAGGAGGCUUUUUAGUCCCCCUCCAUGGACAAAACCACCUUUUUUCCCUCCUGGGAAGUGAAACAAGUGCUGUGCUUUUGUGCUGUUGGUGGAUUAGGUUUGGUUUUGUCUAUGUCCUCUUUUUUUUUUUUUUUUUUUUGGGUGUGUGUGUGUUUCAGGCUUGUCUGUGACAUAUAUUAUGCAAUCUCCUGUAAAGGGCAUUAUUCUGCUAUAAGAAAGAGAAAGUGGAGAGGAAUGGGGAUCCUGGGGUGCUCCGAACAUCGUAGCCGAAAAUCUCUGGGGAUGUCUUAACUCCUUAGCGCAUCUACUGUACAACAGGCCCCUGGCACAGAUCCCAUUUUUGUGAAGAGGGUCAACACUAAAAUGCACUUUGUGGGGUUCCCCUUUUUUAUGUACUAGGAUAGCCAUGAAGAAUUCCAGCCAAAGAGACCUUUCCUGUCCUUCACUGCUGGUUAAGAACAUUCCCUUCUUUGGACUGGACGGUAGGGUGGAGCAGUUUCCCCUCUCCCCUCCCCAGCUGAAAAUAUAGGUAAUGAAAAACUUUAUUGACAGGAGAAUAUGAUUUUGACAGGAUGAUUUUGCUCCAACAACUAUUGAGCUUGUUUUUAAUCUGGAUGAGUGCCAAGGGUGGUUCAAAGGAAAAGAUGCACACCCAGAUGGCCGUUUCCACUGCAGCCCAUCUGUAUGUCCUUCGGGCUUACCUUUGAGGUGGAACAAGGUGAGGGAGACAGAAGGCUUUUCACUGGGUUUUGUCUCAGGGUUGUCUGAGACUACAAGUAAAGAAAUUUUAGACCAAUGUUGGGAUUUUCUAACGAGGGGACUUCAUUGUUUCAUGAGAACACGAGGGCCAAAGCUCCCUUUCUCCGUUUGCACUGCCAUUGCUUUACCUGCAGAUGCCUCAUUUGCUCUGGUUUCUACUAGUGAACUUUUCUCCCCGCCUCAGUCAAUCCCAAACAGCCAUAUCUCAGGGCCUGGCAGAUGGCAGGUAGGGGUGGGCAUGAGGGAUCCUGUUUUGGAAUGCGUUUUCCCCCAAGGCUUUCCUGUGCCUGCACCUUACCGAGCUAGUUUUGCGCUUGUGCAAAUGCGGCUUUGCGUUUUACACAGGGACGUUGAAAAAGGCGACCCGCACCCCGCCUUGCAGUUCACCUGUAAGGGUACAGGCCAUCCCGCCGUUGCAGGUCUCUGCCACAUCAGCCCCAUGUUGUUCUGCUGCAUGCUUGAUCAUACCUCACCUUUGAAACACAGUAGUCAGGGGACUGGUGGAGAACAGUCGGUAGGUUUUCUGAACAUAGUUUUUUGCGUGACCAUGUGGGGCCAGUGGCCUGCUCUGAUUGUGCCACCUACUGCUAAUUUUCCCUUUCCAGUUCAUCAUUUGGACUGGCGGGAAAUGGGGUGGCUGGGGGCGGUGAGGGUUCAGGGUCCACAUAGAUUCCAGGUCUCUUGCAGAUGUCGGGUGUCCUGGAUUGGUUUGUUCAGUUUCCAGGGAAAGCACUGGUAGCUCCCAGGACAGCCUUCUCCGACAAAGUACCUUCCAGAUGUGUUGGGUAAGGAACCAGUCGCACUGGCUGAGAUGAUGGGAAAUGUAGUCCAACACACCCAUAGGGUGCUAGGCUGGGGAAGGCUGUCGUAAGGAAAGGGGACCAACAGCCAAAGUUUGAGAAGAGCAACUUGAGCUUGGAGGUCCUCUGCAUUUUCCACUCUGUCCUGUUUCCAUAGGAGUAAAAGUUCCAACAUUUUGGAAAGUUAUUCUUUUCAGUGGAAGAUGUCUGUGAUGGAAUGCAGCUUGGCAGCCAUAGUUUUUGCUUGAAUUUGACCCCUCUCUGCCUCAUUCCAAAGAGAUCCUUUGCUACCCCUUCUGCCCCUCCCCUACAUGCCAGCUGUGAUAAACAGUUGUUAAGGGAUACUGCAGCCAGAAAACUAUUUGCUCUUCUUUAAAAAAAACUGAAUUGUUUAAAGCUCUCUAACUAUUAGAAAUGCAUUUUAUAUGCUCACCAUACAAUCAUUUACUCCUUUUAACAGAUUUUACUUUUAAGGAAAACAAAAAAGAUCAAUCCAGAAAUAUUAUUUGAAAAGCAAAAGGCAAAAAUGCCUUCAUAUUAAUUAUCUUGUAUUUUUAACUGAUCAUGUUUUGAAUGUCUAAGAAAAAAAAGAAUUUAUUGUUCUAAUUAUCCAGAUGUAUGUAUGUUUGUAAAAUAGCUCUUAUUAAUUAGUUGAUAAGGUUGUAUGUUUUUGGAACAAAUUAUUGGUCAUUUUGGGGGAAAAAAAGCAUUUUGUUGGGGUUUUGUUUUUGUUUUGGAAUCUGGGAAAUAGAAAAUUAAAGCAUCCAAAUAUCAGUAAAUAAGCUUAAAGGAA